AUGGACAAUUACCUCAAGGGAAGGAAAAUAAAACUUACUUACGCGGGACAUACAGUCGAGCGUGACACGACGAAGGGAUGUGUACAGGGGUCGAUCGGUGGACCCAUAUUGUGGAACCUUUUAUUGGACCCACUCCUUAGAGAGUUACAAGUGGAGGGAGUGCACGUCCAGGCGUUUGCGGACGAUGUUCUCCUGAUAUCCGAAGGGGAAACGGGGCAGGAAAUUCAAAUGAAAUUAAAUAGGGUGCUGGCUCGUGUAUAUAAGUGGGGAGUCCAAAACAAGCUUCGGUUUGCGCCUCAUAAGACAAAAGCAAUGGUUGUGACUCGGAAGCUGAAGUACGACGACCCGAUCCUCAGUAUGAACGGCGAGCCCAUUAAAAUGGAAAAAAGCAUUAGAAUACUGGGAGUGGAAGUGGACUCGGCCCUCACCUUCAACGCGCACGUUAACCAUGUAUGCAAUAAAGCGAUCGGGAUAUAUAAGCAACUGUGUAGGACUGCAAAAGUGGGAUGGGGUCUAAACCAGGAAGUAAGGGCGACCAUAUAUACGGCUGUGGUGGAGCCUAUAAUAAUGUAUGCCUCCGCAGUAUGGGCAAAGGAAGUAGGUAAAGUCUGUCUUCGCAAAAAACUAGAAAAUAUACAGAGAAGCUUUGCACAAAAAAUAGCGAGAUGCUACAAAACUGUCUCAUGCGGAGCAGCCACCGUUUUAGCUGGAAUUCUACCCCUUGACCUGAGAAUUAAAGAAGCGGCCGAGCUGUAUGAGGCGCGCACAGAGCGAAACGUUGACCCGGACGAUGAGCAAAUCGAGAGUCGCACGCCAUACCAUAAACUGCCUCAUCCGAUGGACCGACCGAGCAUCAAGUACAGCGAUGCCGAAAUCCCAGUGCAAACUGCGAUAUACACUGACGGAAGCAAAACUCCGAACGGAGUGGGCGCGGCCUGGGUAUACAUACGGGAAGGGGUAGAAGUGAAGACAAAGAAAAUAAAAUUAGCUCCAUACUGCACGGUACGAUUUCGAAAUUCAAACGGGCAAAACAAUGUCCAUUGCCGAGAUGCCGACCAUCCUGAAGGACUCGAGGCUGCAACUGGAGAGAUUUUGCAAAGAAAUAGUCAGAAAAACUAG